AUGGCUGCUGGAGUGUCCACCUUGCUCAGCCUGCCCAGCCCCUGCUGAUCAAUGGCUGCUGGGAAAGGGGCUCCUCUGAGCACUUCAGCUGAAAACAGAUGGGGGAUUAGUGGUCCUGAGCAGAGCUUGGGUCACAAGCAGGUGCUGCUUGAGAAAACAAACCACUUGGGCUCCGUUACUGCCACAAGUAGGGGUGGCCUGGUUGUGGGUAGUGCUGAGUUGGCUGUGCCAACAGUUCCAGACAAGCCCAGUCUGGGCAAGCCACUGCCCAGGAAGGCACAUGGGGAAGAGAGGCAGAGUGCUUUCAUGGACGUGCCACAGCUCCAUGAGAGACGAGGGGGUGAUCAGGAGAAGGAGCACAGAGAUGCUUCAGGCCAGCCUGACCCUCAGCAGCAUAGCCAAGAUGUUCCCAGGACCCCAGUGGGCAGCACAGUCUCCUCUGUGUGGCCUGGCACGGCCCGAGGUGAGCAGAGGAGCGCCUUCAGCAAACCCACCAAGCGCCGAGCAGAGAGGCCUGGGCCAACCUCCCUCUUCCAAGCAGGUGAAUCUGCAGACUCCCUAAUGGAGCUCUCAGGAUUUCUCAGUACUCUAGAUAUCCCUUGUUGGGGUGGAAUGUCAACUUCCAAGCUGGUGGUUGGCGAUUUCUGGAACUUGCACACAUUGUCACAGAAUGCUCUGCUCUGCAGCACUUUCCAGGGUGCCCCUGUGCUGUGGCUGGAGCACACCCAGGCCCAGGUCCCCACAUCUUCUACAGCCUCACGGGCCCUCCUGCCACCCACAAUCACCUCCCUGGGCUUCUCCACCCAGAACUGGUGUGCCAAGUGCAGCCUCUCCUUUCGCCUGACCUCUGACCUGGUCUUCCAUAUGCGAUCCCACCACAAAAAGGAGCAUGUGGGACCUGACCCACAUUCUAAGAAGCGCAGGGAAGAGGCCCUCAUCUGCCCUGUUUGCCGUGAGUAUUUCCGGGAGCGCCACCAUCUCUCCAGGCACAUGACUUCUCACAGUUAA